AUGCUUUACCUAGGAAUGAUCUACGGUGUUAGAAAUUUCUUGAAACAAAAAAACAAAUUUUUUUUAAUACAGAGUGUGGUGUGCAAAAGGUACUUUUUCAUGCACUGUAAAUAUGAGAAACAGUGGCCACCGCACGACUGCUCACCUUUUCAUCCAAUUGAACCAUGGGGGAAACAAUUUUUCAUCUUUAAUGCUCUAAGGCCUAAUAAAUUUGUGGAAGCUCAGGAUCUUGUUAGUAACAAUAAUUUGCUGCCCAAAUCGAAGGGAGAUGAUUGUGAGAAAGAAACUGUACUAUGUGUGACUGAUUAUCGCAAAACCCCCCUCAUGUAUCUGGUGAGGGAAGACUUUAACGUGCUAUGUCAAUCGAUAGAUUCGAUUUACGAUGAAUUACUGAAGUUUGAAAGGAAGUUGGAUAACUUUACAAGUGACAACAGAUUGGAAUUGCAAAAGGAAUUUGUGCCUAGGAGAUCAUACAGGAUGCAGAAAACUAAGAAGGGUGAGCACUGUUCCUACGGCAUUUUUAGAGGAGCGCGGCGCAUGAAAAAGUGA